AUGUCCGCUGAGGACUUGAGAAAGCUCAACAAGAACAAGAAGCUGAUCAAGAAGCUCGCUCGCAAGUACGAUGCCUUCAUCGCUUCCGAGGCUUUGAUCAAGCAGAUUCCUCGUCUCUUGGGUCCCGGUCUUUCCAAGGGUAAGCGCAUCUGCAUUUUCUACAUAUCUAGGAGCAUACACUAA